CGGUAUAUAAACAAAGCAGCGUGACAGAAUUGAAAGGUUUUCACGAAAGUGUCUGGUGUAGUGUUGCGACCGGAGUGACAUAUAUCUCGUGAGAAACAAAGGAAAACUGAGAUAUAUUUGCCAGCCAGUUCGUAGCACAAAGAAUCCAAGAUGAGGCCACCACAGUUCGGAGCAGACAUCACGAAUCAAGCCAACAAUGAACCAAACUUACCUGCAGUCAUGCACUGCACGCGCAUGGCAGGAAGAGCCAUUAUCAGGGUCGUUGGAAGAUGUAAUGAUGCACAAGAAAAUAAUAAUCUAGAUUUGUCUGAGUGCCAGCUGAUGCAGGUGCCAGAUGCCGUGUACCAUCUGAUGCGCCAUACAGCGCUCAAGGGCUGCAACCUCUCCAGCAACGUCAUCACCAAGAUUCCGCCAAAGUUCGCAGUUAAAUUCUCUCUGAUCACAGACUUAAAUCUUUCCCACAAUCAGAUGAGUAAACUGCCUGAGGAACUGGCAGACCUGGCAGAACUGGAAAGACUGGACAUUUCCCACAAUGCAUAUAUUGCUCUACCACAUGUUGUGUAUAAGAUGCCCAAAUUGUCACAUCUGCAGGCACAGAACAACCAUAUUGUCGAUGUAGAGGUGGAGCGGUUACAGGAGGCACCAUCCCUGCAGGAAGUGGAUCUGCAGGAGAACCCACUGAGCUCCCAAAGCCAUUCUGCCCUCCAGUCAGUGACAACACUGCGGAUACACCUUAGCCCACGGCAAAUAGAGGACUGGGAAGACCUUACUGUGUAGGGCUUUAAUGUGUGCUUGCUACGGAGUAUUUCGGGGCUGGCCCACAUGCAGCAUGCUGGGCAGAGCCCUAGCUUAGGUGUCCCACCUCAGGGAACAGAACUGUUAACUAAUCCCGGUAUUCUAGUCCAGUCAUGCUGUCAGAAUCUUCCUGUGUUGGGUGAUGACUGAAUGGAAGGUCAUGGGUUUCAGCCAAAUAUCUGGGACCUAAUUGCAAUACCAUAUUAUCGCGUUUGUGUUAGUUCAUUAAAUUACCUUAAAUAAUACACAGUUCUCCCUGUAGACUGAAAGUGUAGAAAUAUAGACAGAAAUUCUUGUUGUGAAUGAUCCAUUUUGAAAACAAAUAAUGUUUUAAAUUUAUAUUAUUAACAAUCAGAAUACCUUACAAAACAAUCUAGGGGCAGUAAUGUGAAAACUUCAUUUGUAAUUAGGUCUCCAGUGACAGUUUUAGCAAUAUUUAUAUUUUGUGAAUGUGUCGAGCUAUGAUGUAUUGCUCAUACAUAUAUUUUACACUAUUUGAUGUUUUUUAUCAACCAGUUAAGUAUUUUAUUGUUGUUGUUGUUAUAACAGUGUUUUUUAAUAAAUCGUAGACUGUAUACGAGUAGAAGUAUCAUUAACAGUUUGAGUAUGUAACUGAUACUCCACCAGGAAAGUGCAAUACUGAAUUUGUGAAUGUUCUUACCAUGUUGCACUGUACACAUAUUCAGAAGCUGCACAAGGUAAAUGAAAAGUACUGAGUUAUUGUCUGAACUGAAAUGUAUGAGAAGGGAUUUCUAAAAAUGUGAGUAAUCAAGGUUUGGCUCAUAAAUAUUCUUUAAAAUUAAUUCCAUUUUUCAGCCAUAUAGGUAAUUUUAUUAAACACAAAACAUCUGAAAGAUUCCAAAAAUUCCUGUGUUUAGAGUAUAUAAUGUGAAUACCUUUGAUAUUUAUUUGAGAUGGUACAAAUAUAUAUAAGUAUUACAUACAUUAUAUGUAAGUGAAGGAAUUACGGAUAUUUGGUUGCAGAAUAUGAAGGUAAUAAACAUACAGAUACAAAGCUAAUUCUACUGAUUACAUGGUCUGUAGGUGAGGGUAAUGACAGUCAACCAGUCAGUCUCUAUGUGCUUGCAAAUGCAGACUUUUGAGGAUAGAUUGUCCUGCACUUUGUAUCAAGUCAUUGAGGCUGAUAUACAUGGGCAUUGCUGUUGCUAGUCUGAGCAAUUUGUAAAGACACCCACAUGCAUUUCUUUUUUUGGGCAUAGCUAAGAGUAAUCUUCUUAUAUUUUAAAUAUAUAAAUAAUGAGUUUGUUGGGAAUGUAAUGAAAAAAUUAAUAAUUUUAUAUGAUACAUAAACUCAAGACAAAUUAUACACCAAAUGUGUUAUAUAGCAUAAUGUAUAGUGAAGUACUUUCUAAAUGUGUGUGACAGUGGUUGAUUCGCUGUGCUUAUGUUGGACAGCGCUGAUCGUAUGAAGUGUAUUUGAUACGUGUAAUGUUUCAGAAUUUGGCUAUUCACCUGUCUUGAGGUGAUUGGUUGUAUUUAUACUGACAAUAUAUUACAACAUUUUCACAUUUUAAUAUUAUUAGUGGAUCCAAUCACUUGAAUAUUAGGCCAGUACAUUAAUCUCUAGCUCACUGGGAUGGCAGCUAAUAAGAAUAAGAAGUAUUAAAUCUGUAAAUAAAGACAAUCAGUCCACUGAGUAGAGCUAAACUCUCAAAAUAUUAUGUAUAUCAAAUAUUCCUCAGACAAUGGACAAUGUCCAUAAAUUUGUAUAGUUUAGUGAAUUGUGUUAUGAUCUCAUAGAAGUCACAAUUUUAUACUUUUUAUAAUGGAACAAACUUUGUAACAAAAUUAACAGCAAUUAUGAAACAUUAUUUUCACAUAAAGUUUUGUUGCUUAUUUACAUUCUGUAAAUGAAAUUUUCUGUUCCCCCCCCCCCCUNUUUUGGGAUGAAGAGAACAACACAAUUCUUGCAGUAUUAAAUAUUCACUUACCAUCACUGUAUUUAUUGCAAGAUACCCAACCAAAAAAAAGUUUCAGGUUUACUGCUAGUGUGGCAGGAUAUGGUGUUCUGUUGUGAGACCUAAAAAUUUAGUUGCCAGUGACAAAUGAGUGACUGUGUUGAAUUGUCAUACGACAUAGUUGGCAGUGGUGGCAAGCCUGAUUGUAGCCACGACCUGUGACAUGUUUGGCAUUAAAUUAUCAUUUAACUGACAAUGAAUGUUUGUACUCCUGGUUCUAUCUACAGUGGAACAGUGACUGAAAAACAUCAAACUGUACCAAGGAAUAUAAAUUCCACACAUGCAGAUCCUUCCAUUGAUGCUCUAUUUGUAGCCAUAAAUGAAAAUGCUGCCAUUCCUUUUACCCCACUCAAGUCAUACAGAAAAAUUAGAAGUUGCCACUUAUGUUCACAAGCACAUACACUCUUGUUUAGCAAUGGCAAAAUGCUAAUCUAUAAGUCAUGUCAUGCAGAAAUGCAAUCAAAUGACACAGAAUUGUUAACAGAGACUAUUUCAAUUGCACUUCCCUUCAUUAUGACACAUGCCAAAAGCACAGUUCUGAACCUCUAGUCUAGCAGUUAACCUGCUCCCUUCCCUGGCCUGGCACGUUUGAAAGUAAAACACUGUGAGAUAUCAGCCAUACACUGCAUACAACUAAUUCCAAGCAAAUCAUCAGAGCUCCUAUUGAAUGGAGAAAAGAAAACAUGUUUUAUACUUCAAACGUUUAAGUGGUCUUGUGGCACACUACCAGCUACAUCACAAUAUGUUGUUCAGUUGGCUGUUAAUUUUGAGCUACUGAAUGAAUUUGGCAACUCAGUGUCAUGACCGAAGAUAUUGGUGGGCUGACUGAACUAUUGGCCGAGCGGUAGCGUAAUAAUUCAGUGAUGAUGAUUUGUCAGUUGGCUGCCUGAGUGUGUAUUCCAACCACAAAGAGCAUAUACUCACUACAGAAUAUAGAGGAUUUAUUGAACUGUGUGUAUAUUACAUACAAGCAUUGGCCAACUUAAGCCUGGUCAGCCUUCUCCUAGCAACAACCCAGACAAAAAUGCACCCUUCAACUCUUCUCUUGUUCUUAAAAACUAAUCUAAACUAAAGUUGCAGCCCAAUGUCUCAAGACAUGAACCCCUCACGAAUAUAUCAAGUUAUACCAGUGUGAGUUGAAGAAUAGGUCCCAGAGGAAAUACUCUGGGACUCCACUGAUUUAUGAAAAUGGCAGGGGUAGAUUUAACAUUUUAAAGUGGAAGCAGGUCAACCUUUUGACAUGCUAUAGAUUUUAUUAGAGGGCAUGACCCAAAGACAUCAGACUCAGAGUUCAUAAAACUACAGGGGUGGUACAACUCUUUGCAACAUCAGUACCACCAGUUGAUUCAUAUGUCAAAAGAAAAACUAACACAGGACCAUACAUAAUAGUUAUAGGAAGAGAAGAAACUUAAUAUUUUCGUGUUGUUUCUUAAUGUCUACCUUAAUCAACAUCUCUUGUGCAUAGUGUUUCCCUCAUGUAUUAUUUAUCCAUAAUUUUAUAGCAUUAUUCUCCUCUCUGUUGCAGAUGCCUUUUGUGUUCUCCACAGUACUUGAUACACACGCAUUUCAUCGAUACAUGUCAUAAACAAGUUUAUAAUUUUAAUUUAAUCUUCCUUUGUCAGUGAAAUAAUCUUGGCAGAAAUAAUUAUACGAAGUUGUCCUGUUUCCAUUGAUUUCCAGAAAGAGAAUAAAUGUCAGAAUGGUUAGUAAA